CCGAACACUCCAACUUUGUCGUCAUUCCGCAUUCCAACCGGUUCCAAGAUUUCUCUACCGCGUCUCAACCUUAAACUUAUCCGAUCUGCCCGUCAACGAGACUUUCCGCGGCCAUGGCGCCGGCCGAUUCGUUAUCGGCGCCCGGGACGGCCACCUACGCCUCCGAUACGCUGGUAGUCGGAGAUGGGACUUGGGACUUCACCAAGAAUACGUUCCUGUUGCCGAAUCUUAUGGGCCUGAAUAUUGAUACUAUGCGAUACAAUGGCAUGGGCAAUCGCUUUUCGACGGUAGAACAGUACCAUCAAUUGGUCACCGGCCAUGGGAUUCUCGCUGUCAUUACCUUCCUUUUUGUUGUGCCGGCUGCGGUCAUGUACGCAAGAUUUAGACCGUACGGCUCUUCUCUUCGGCUGCACGCAUAUUUACAAGUCUUCGCCGUCCUUCUCUCCACCGUUGUAUUUGUGCUCGGAUAUUUCGCUGUGGGUCCAAGUCGAAGUUUGACGAAUCCUCACCAUGGAAUCGGAGUAGCCAUUUAUACAAUGAUUAUGGUUCAGAUUGUCGGAGGCCGUCUGGUGAAGCAUAUCCGAAGAAAGUCAUUUCGACUCAUGCUCCACCGAUGGCUUGGGAGGGCGAUUGCAAUCCUAGGAAUUGUACAGAUCCCACUCGGACUCACGCUCUACGGGUCGCCUCUGUAUACUUUCAUCCUCUAUGCUGUGUGGAUGGCAAUUCUCUUUUUCACAUACUUCAUCCUCAGCUGGCGGCAUGAAAGCAACCGCGAACGUGAAGAUUUCCAUGGCGGUCGAUCUGAGGUUACAGAGUCGGAGCGAAAGUCUGGGCAUGGAGGGGGCUUGCUAGGCCCGCUAGCAUUAGGAGCUGGCAUCUGGGCACUCAUGCGUGGAAGAAAGAAACAUGAAGACGAACGAGACGAAAGCAUCAGUAGGAGCAGCCGUAGUCGUGCUCCUGAGGUCAUUCCGUCCCAGAGAGGCUCCGAGAGCUAUAUGGACGAAAAGAUUUCUGAAAGAACUGACCGCCGCGAGGGUGGUGGUAUCACGAAUUGGCUUCUCGGUUUGGCAGGACUUCUUGGGGCUGGGAGUUUGGUUAAAGGGGCCCGGGAUAAGAGAGAACGACGAAGAUAUGACGACGAAGAGUACUCAGCAGUCCCGACGGAUACGCCUAGUCGAUUCAGCCGUCCCAGUGGGGCUCGAAAAACUACUACCGACCAGUAUACCGAGAGUGAGUUCAGUGACGAUCGGACAGACUUACAUGCUCGCCCAAGGCCACACACACCAUUAUUACCUGGUCCUAGAAACCCUGCCGCUACGACUGUUCUAAGCGGUACAGACACCGAACCCGUUACACCACGCCCAUUGCACUCUCGACCACCUCCCCCAGAAAGUAGUUACAUCUCUGACUAUUCAUCAUACGUGAGCCCGUCAAGGCGGCCCGUGGAUGAUGACAAAAGUAGUGUCGCAAAGGGCGUUCUCGCUACCAUUGGACUGGGCUGGCUGGCUAAGAAGAUGAAGGGCAAACGAGAUGAAAAAGAGGAAGAAGAGGAACGUCGAAAGUUAGAGGACGAGAGACGGGGUGGACGCCGCGGCUCGAAAUUUACAGGAGAUGGGUUUAGUACCCCGACAAGGUCAUCGCGACGUCGCCCACCCGCGCCAUCUGCUCUAACUGCCACGACUUAUACCACCGACACAGAAUCAUCCAAGCUUGAAUCCCGUCCUCCGGGAACCAGUGUUAGUGGCCCCCCAAUGCCACCCCUUGGCCCUAGAGGUUCGCAAGUUCCCGCUCCAGCACCAGUUCCUGUCCCCGGCCCGCAUUCGCACUCGCACUCUCAUUCACGGUCUCGGUCGAGAUCGACGAGGAAUAGCGGUCUCGGCGAUCCCAUUUCGAUGCCGGCUAUGCCACCGGACCCACACGGUGUGCUCCACCCAAUCCGCCAAGAAUCUGUUACCGACUCUUUCGCGUCCAGUGGCGGUGGGCUUCAUAGGCAAGGUUCGUCACGACACCGUAGCAGAGAAGAAGCUGCAGCUGCUCCUGGGUCUUCGAGUUUAGCUGCUGAGGAAGAUGAACGUCGCCGAAGGGAUCGCAGCCAAGCUUCCACCCAACCUGUCAGUGUCAAAGUAAGAUACCAUGACGACCGGGAUAGGAACAUAACACUGCGUCGCCUUACCGAACAAGAAGCGGAGGCAGCACGGCGUGGCAAUCGAGGAAGGUCGGAUUCUAUUAGUACUAUAUCCGACAGCGAAGCACCUAGCCGACGAUACCGACGUGACUCAAGUUCGCAUAGGACGGCAGAUGAAGCUGCAACUGAGAGACUGGUUUCCUCCGAUCCGAUGUCGCCGCCUUCUCCUGCGUUUGCCGGAGGCAGACGUGCGGGCAAGGACUCGGCUUACUACUCUGGUCAACCGGGUCCUUCAGGCGGAAUGGCGAUGGCAAAUCCGACCAUCUCUAGCAUAGCUACGGACAGUCAUGCGUGGAGCGGGAUGAGCCCGUCGCCUAGCGGACCGACGGGUACGCAAGGCUCGAUAGCUCCGUCAGCUGCGGAACGGAGACGACGGAGACGGCUUGAAAGGAGAGAUCAAAGACCUGGAUCGGGCACGGUCGAUUAUACCUGAUGUGUCGGCAACCGCGUAUAAUCAUUUCCAAUACGCAUUUGCUAGGUGUUUUGGCGUCUACUUUACUUUGAUGAUGAUUCGACUCGUCCAUGAACUUGAACGUAUUCCCAGGGAGCAUUGUUCGGCGAAUAUAUCCACCUUUCUAAGA